AUGGAGCAGCAUCCCGAUGAUGCGUCGCUGCACAGCGGAUAUCACAAUGACGAAGACGAGAAGAACCAUACGCCCGUCCACAAGCUCAACACUCACGAUUUCACCAGCGUGGAGACCCUCCACGGACCCCAGCCCAACCUUCACGAAUCAAAGAGUACCGAGACUCUGAACGUCGACAAUGAGGAUGACUCUCCACCCCCCAAGAAGAAGGCGGCGGAUUGGCACAUGACAUCCCAUGUGAUCCGAAACGCAGAACGGGAUGAAGCAGCCGGCUUCAAGAAGCGCGAGCUGGGUGUUACAUGGCAGAACCUAACCGUCGAUGUUCUUGCCGCCGAAGCCGCCGUCAACGAAAACAUGAUCUCGCAAUUCAACGUUCCUCAAUUGAUCAAAGAUUGGCGCCGAAAGCCCCCGCUCAAGUCGAUUGUGUCAGAGAGUCAUGGAUGCGUCAAGCCCGGAGAAAUGCUUCUUGUGCUCGGCCGUCCGGGUUCAGGAUGUACCACGCUGCUCAAGUUGCUCACGAAUCAACGCGAAGGUUUCCACUCCAUCACGGGUGACGUGCGUUUCGGAAGCAUGACUCCCAAGGAAGCUUCCUCCUAUCAUGGCCAGAUUAUCAUGAACUCGGAAGAAGAGCUGUUCUACCCCCGCUUGACAGUCGGUCAGACUAUGGACUUUGCGGCCAGACUUAAGGUUCCUUUCCAUCUUCCCGAAGGAGUCAGUGUCGAUCAGUACACAGCCGAGACGAAAGCAUUCCUUCUAGAGUCUAUGGGAAUCUCUCACACCGCCGGCACUAAGGUUGGAAAUGAGUUCGUCCGUGGUGUCUCCGGUGGUGAGCGGAAGCGUGUUUCUAUCAUCGAGUGUCUCGCGACCAGGGGUUCUAUCUACUCCUGGGAUAACAGUACCCGUGGUCUGGAUGCCAGUACUGCAUUGGAGUGGGCAAAGGCCCUUCGUGCUAUGACUGAUGUUCUCGGCCUUACCACCAUUGUGACCCUCUACCAAGCAGGAAAUGGAAUCUACGAUCUCUUCGACAAGGUCCUUGUCCUUGACGAGGGACUCCAGAUCUACUAUGGUCCUGCAACUGAAGCCAGGCCUUUCAUGGAAAAGCUUGGCUUCAUCCACACCGAGGGAGCAAACGUCGGUGACUUCCUCACUGGUUUGACAGUCCCGACAGAGCGGAGAGUCCGACCCGAAUGCGAACGCACAUUCCCCAGAACUGCCGAUGCCAUUAUGGCUGAGUACAAAAAGUCCAGCAUCUACACCCGUGAGAUUGCAACAUACGACUAUCCCGACUCUGAAAUCUGCCGCGAGCGCACAGAGGCAUUCAAGGAGUCUGUUGCGUGGGAAAGGUCCAACCACCUGCCCAAGGGUAGUAGUCUGACUAUCAGUUUCUGGGCUCAGCUCAUUGCAUGCACCAGGCGACAGUACCAGAUUCUGUGGGGUGAUUUGUCAACAUUCAUCAUCAAACAAGUUUGUUCAUGUAUCAUGGCCUUGAUCGCUGGUUCUUGUUUCUAUGACUCGCCCGAUAACUCCUUGGGUCUCUUCACCAAAGGUGGUGCUGUCUUCUUCUCGCUGUUGUACAACUGUAUCGUUGCCAUGUCUGAGGUGACUGAAUCUUUCAAGGGUCGUCCGGUUUUGCUCAAACACAAGGCCUUUGCUAUGUACCACCCGGCUGCAUUUUCCUUGGCUCAAAUCAUGGCGGAUUUCCCGGUUCUGUUGUUCCAGUGCACUAUCUUCUCGGUCGUCAUCUAUUGGAUGUCUGGCCUGAAACACACUGCUGCUGCUUUCUUCACCUUCUGGAUUAUUCUGUUCUCGACAACUCUGUGUAUUACGGCUGUCUUCAGAUUUAUUGGAUCCGCUUUCAGUACCUUCGAAGCCGCGUCAAAGAUCUCAGGAACUGCAGUCAAGGCUAUUGUCAUGUACGCUGGUUACAUGAUUCCCAAGCCUAAGAUGAAGAACUGGUUCCUCGAAGUGUACUACACGAAUCCUUUUGCCUAUGCUUUCCAAGCUGGCCUGGCGAACGAGUUCCACGACCGCACAUUCCCCUGUGUUGGUCGCAACCUGAUCCCAAGUGGCCCUGGUUACGAAGACGUCGGAGCUGAUAACCAAGCUUGUGCGGGUGUUGGUGGUGCGUUGCCAGGCGCGAACUUUGUGACCGGCGAUCAGUAUCUUGGAUACCUUCACUACAAACACACUCAACUGUGGCGAAACUUCGGUGUCGUCUGGGCCUGGUGGGGAUUCUUCGCUGUCCUGACUGUUAUUUUCACAUCCUACUGGAAAGCAGCUGGUAAUGGUGGUGCUUCUCUUCUCAUUCCCCGCGAGAAACUCAAGGCGCACAAUGCUGCCAUCUGCGAUGAAGAGGCGCAACGCAACGAGAAGGCCCACAACCGCGAAACCCCCGAUGCCCCCGCCGAGGCUGAGGAGGAGAAUCUUACCCGGAACACCUCUAUCUUUACCUGGAGAAACCUCACAUACACUGUCUCAACCCCCACUGGCGAUCGCGUGCUGUUGGAUAACAUUAACGGAUGGGUCAAGCCCGGCAUGCUCGGCGCUCUCAUGGGAUCUUCUGGUGCAGGCAAAACGACACUGCUUGAUGUGCUUGCUCAACGUAAGACAGACGGUACUAUCAACGGUUCUAUCAUGGUCGAUGGCCGUGAGCUCCCGGUCUCUUUCCAAAGAAUGGCUGGAUACUGCGAACAACUCGAUGUUCACGAGCCAUUUGCAACUGUGAGAGAAGCACUUGAAUUCUCUGCCCUCCUUCGCCAGUCUCGCGAUACCCCUCGGGAAGAAAAGAUCAAGUACGUUAACACUAUCAUCGACCUUCUCGAGCUCCAUGACCUGGCAGAUACUCUUAUUGGUACCACUGGAAACGGUCUCAGUGUCGAACAAAGAAAGCGUGUUACAAUUGGUGUCGAACUGGUCUCCAAGCCUAGUAUUCUGAUCUUCUUGGACGAGCCUACCUCCGGUCUGGAUGGACAAUCUGCCUUUAACACCGUUCGUUUCCUUCGCAAAUUGGCCGAUGUUGGUCAAGCUGUUUUGGUUACAAUUCACCAGCCUUCCGCGCAGCUUUUCGCUCAGUUCGAUACUCUCCUUCUCCUCGCAAGGGGUGGAAAGACCGUCUACUUUGGAGACAUCGGUGAAAAUGCGAGCAGCAUUAAGAGAUAUUUUGGCCAAUACGGCGCCGCCUGUCCUACCGAGUCCAACCCAGCUGAAUUCAUGAUUGACGUUGUUACUGGUGGUAUCGAGGCUGUCAAGGACAAGGACUGGCAUCAGAUCUGGCUCGACUCCCCUGAGCAAAGCAAGAUGAUCACGGAACUGGACAGAAUGAUUGAGGACGCUGCUUCCAAGCCCCCGGAACAGUCGAUGAUGAUCAAGAUCGUCACUCAGCGGAUGAAUGUCGCGCUUUUCCGAAACACCGACUACAUCAACAACAAGUUCGAGCUUCACAUCAUCUCCGCCGCUCUCAAUGGUUUCUCCUUCUGGCGUCCUGGCCCAAGUAUCAUCGCUCUGAAUCUGAAGAUGUUCUCCAUCUGGAACUUCGUCUUCGUCGCCCCCGGUGUCAUCAACCAGCUUCAACCUCUUUUCAUCCAGCGUCGUGAUAUUUACGAUACUCGCGAGAAGAAGUCCAAGAUGUACUCCUGGGUUGCCUUCGUCACCGGAUUGAUUGUCUCCGAGUUCCCAUACCUCUGCAUCUGUGCCGUUCUCUACUUUGCCUGCUGGUACUACCCCGUUUGGAGACUUCCCCAUGACUCUAACCGAUCUGGUGCCACCUUCUUCAUGAUGAUGGUCUACGAGCUCAUUUACACCGGUAUUGGUCAAUUCAUCGCCGCCUAUUCGCCCAACGCAACCUUCGCUGCGCUUGUGAACCCUCUGAUCAUCAGUACCCUCGUCAUCUUCUGUGGUGUCUUGGUUCCAUACGACGAGCUCAACGUGUUCUGGCGUUUCUGGAUGUACUACCUCAACCCUUUCAACUACGUCGUCAACGGCAUGUUGACCUUCGGUAUCUGGGGUGCCAAGGUCGUCUGCAAUGAAGAUGAGUACGCUUUCUUCGACCCACCCAACGGCACCUGCGCGGAUUACCUGUCGGAUUACAUGGCUGGCACUGGUAAGGGUAUCAACUUGCUCAACCCCGAUGCUACCUCCGCCUGCAAGGUCUGCCAAUACAAAUCUGGAAGCGAGUUCCUUAACACUCUCCACAUCAAGAACUACACCACUGGAUGGAGAAACAUUGGUAUCGCCUGGAUCUUCGCCUUCAGUGGAUACGCUUUGGUGUUCGGUCUCAUGAAGUUGAGAACCAAGGCUUCCAAGAAGGCCGAGUAG